AUGGUGCAACCCUUUAAGGCCAACUCUUUUAACUUGCCUACAGCCAAGUUGCCUAUCCAAUACAAGGGCUGCUCAGGAAUAUGGACUUUUGCAGUCUAUGAGGAUUAUCCCAUUCUCAUGCUGCUGGAAGAAGAUGUAGCCAACCAUGGGAUGAAGAAGAUGCCUAUCGACAAGGCCGAGUGGGAAGGGUAUUUUGAUGAGAGUGGCCACCUGGUGAAAUCUCGAGAUUUUAUUUCAUCCAACAUCCUGGACAGGGGUCUGGAUCCAGCAGUGAGAUCAGAGGCAUGGAAGUUUCUCACUGGCUACUACUCCUGGAGGAGUUCGCAUGAUGAGAGGCUGACUGUUGACAGUAUAAAGAGGAAAAGUUACGAGGCCUUGUGCAACAUGUAUGACAAGAUCCAACCGUUACUGGAGACAGAGCACAGGGACUUCAUGCAGGUCCGCAGCUUCAUCAACUCAGACCUGCAGAGACUGUACCUCCGAGAUGCACAAGGCUACGCCAUAGUGGACAAGAAACAGCUGGAGAAGAUCCUUCUGCUAAGUUACGUAUGCAACACGGAGGCUGAGUACCAGCAGGGGUUCCACGAGAUGCUCCUGCUAUUCCAGUUGCUGGUGGAGAAGGAACAUGAGGUCUACUGGCUGUUUCAAUUCUUCCUCCAGAAAACAGAGCACAGUUGUGUCGUGAACAUUGGGGUCGGGAAAAAUCUGAUAAUGCUGAAAGCCGUGAUUGCAUUUAUGGAUCCCAUCUUUGCAAAGCACUUGGAAGGGAAGAGCAGAGUUGUGCAGUCACUGUUCCCCUGGUUUUGCCUCUUCUUCCAGCAAGUCUUCAAAUCCUUUGAUGAUGUCUGGAGACUGUGGGAGGUAUUCCUGAUGGGGAUGCCCUGCAGAAAUUUCCAAGUGAUCGUGGCUUACACUAUGCUGCAGAGUGUCAGAGACCAAAUCCUCCGCGAAAAUAUGGGUGGAGAUGACAUUUUAAUGGUCUGCGGGAACAUCAUAGACCUGGAUGCAGAUGAGCUGAUCUCCAAAGCCUGCUCAAUGUACAAACUGCUCAUGGAACACAAGGACAAGGUCCCAGAUGAGCUGAAGGAGUUCUUCCUUCAGGGAGAUCCAUAG